UUAGUCGUAUUGCCAAACAUGAGUCAAUUCUCAGCUAGGCUGUGGCUCCCAUAAAUAUUGCUUGUAAAGAUCAAGACUUCUAUCGGCAGCAUUGUCAUCUGUCCAUAACUACAGCUAGCGCGCAUUGAUCAGACCAUUUAUUUCUGCAAGCCUUAGCUCGAUCGACAAUGGCGUGCUACCAGAAACACCUCUCUUUCGUUUCCUUUCUCUUGCUGAUCUUGAGCCUCCAUGUCGAGCACUCAAUGGCAAAGGAGUUCGUACCAGUGGGCGUGGUUCUUGAUUUGAACUCCACGGUGGGAGGAAUUGCAAAGCGUUGCAUGUCCAUGGCACUCUCCGAUUUUUACGCUGUCAAGGAUGAUUAUAACACCAGGAUCACUCUUUUGACUAAGAAUUCUGGGAAUGAUGUCAUUGCCGCAGCAUCUGCAGCACUGGAUUUAAUGAUGAAUGAAGAAGUGCACGCCAUCGUAGGACCUCAAAGGUCAGCACAAGCUAAGUUCGUUAUUGAACUUGGACGAAAAGCUCAGGUUCCCAUCAUUUCCUUCUCAGCCACAAGCCCCUCUCUUUCGCCUGCUCAAAACCCCUUCUUCAUACGCACGGCACUAGAUGAUUCCGCUGAGGUGAAAGCCAUAGCAGCCAUUGUUAAGGCCUACGGUUGGCGGGAAAUUGUCCUUAUUUAUGAAGACACAGAUUAUGGAAAUGGUUUAAUUCCAUACUUGAUGGAUGCUUUUGAAGAGAUUGAAACUCGAAUGCCUUACAGAAGUGCAAUUCCUCCAUUUUCCAAUAAUAGUGAAAUCGCUCAGGAGAUUAAAAAGUUGAAUGAAACUAAUGCUAGGAUAUUCCUUGUGCACAUGACUGCUUCACUUGCCUCGAAGCUCUUUGUACUUGCAAAUAAGGCAGGAAUGAUGAGGGAAGGGUAUGCAUGGAUUAUCACAGCAGGGCUAUCAGCUUUGGUUGAUCCUUUGGGCCCAAAGGUGAAGGAGUCGAUGCAAGGUGUGCUGGGAUUGCGACCAUACAUACCCAGAUCAAAACAGUUGGAAGAAUUCAAAAGAAGAUGGAAAAGAAAUUUAACCUCAAGCAAACCAAACGUUAAGAUUACUGGAUUAAACCUCUUUGGAUUAUGGGCAUAUGAUACAGCUUGGGCUUUGGCUCUGGCAGUAGAGAAGGCUGGCAUAAUGCAUUCUGGAUUCUUAAAGAAAAAUGCUAGCAAAAGUAACAUCAAAAGUAACGUGGAUCUUGCAGCUCUAGGCAUUUCUGAAACGGGUCAAAUACUUCUUGAUACGAUUCUAACUACCGAAUUUCAAGGCCUCAGCGGGAAAUUUCAUUUGAUUAAAGGACAAUUGGAACCUUCAGCCUUUGAAAUAUUCAAUGUGAUUGGAAAAACUGAGAGAAUUAUUGGAUACUGGACCAUACAGAGAGGACUUUCACAAGAAUUAGACGAUAAUAAUGAAGUAGCAUACUCAAUUUCAAAGGACAAACUUAAGCAACCCAUCUGGCCAGGUGACAGAACAGAGCAGCCACCAAAGUUGAGGAUUGGGGUUCCGGUGAAACUAGGUUUUGAUGAAUUUCUGAAAGUGGAAUGGGAUCCUCGUACUAAUAAGCCUAUCAUAUCAGGGUUCUCCCAUGAUGUGUUUCUUGCUGUACUCAAGGCAUUACCAUUCCCCCUUCCUCAUGAGUUUAUUCCCUUCAUGAAUAAAGAUAAGCAGAGUGCUGGAACAUACGAUGAACUUACUUACCAAAUCAAACUUCAGAAGUAUGAUGCUGUGGUGGGAGAUACAACAAUUAUUGCUAAUCGCUCCUCAUAUGUCGAUUUCACUUUACCUUACUCAGAAUCUGGCGUGUCAAUGGUGGUUCUAGUGAAAGAUAAUGAGAAGAAAAACUUUUGGAUUUUCUUAAAGCCACUAAGCUUGGAUCUGUGGUUAACUACAGGUGCAGUAUUUGUCAUUACAGGUGUGGUGAUUUGGGUUCUUGAACACCGAAUAAACAGUGAGUUCAGAGGCCCGAGAGUUCAACAACUUGGCACGAUUUUCGGGUUCUCCUUCUCAACAUUGGUGUUUGCUCACAGUGAGAAAGUGCUAAGCAAUUGGUCAAGAUUCGUGAUGAUCAUUUGGUUUUUUGUGGUACUCAUCCUCACACAAAGUUAUACUGCAAGUUUAGCCUCAAUGUUAACUGUACAGAGAUUGCAGCCUACCUUCGUUGACGUAAAAGAGAUAAAAAAGAAUGGUUAUUUUGUUGGAUAUCAAAAUAAUUCCUAUGUUGAAGGGCUUCUAAUAAAACAGUUGACAUUCGAUCGGUCCAAGUUGAAGCCUUUUAACACCUAUGACGAUUAUCAUGAAGCAUUGUCAAAAGGAAUCCAAAAUGGUGGGAUUGCAGCUGUCUUCGAUGAAAUUCCUUACAUUAAGCUCUUCCUUGCAAAGUACUGCUCCAGGUACACUAUGGUUGGUCCGACCUAUAAGUCUGAUGGAUUUGGCUUUGCCUUCCCUCUAGGAUCUCCUUUGGUCCCAUACAUUUCAAGGGCAAUCUUGAAUGUCACUCAAGACACAGACAAAUUGGGAGCAAUUGAGCGGACCUACUUUUCAAGUCGUGGUAGUACUAAUUGUGAAGAUCCAAGCACCUCAAUCUCAUCAAAUAGUCCUAGUCUCACUCUGCACAGCUUCGGCGGCCUCUUCAUCAUCACCGGAACCGUUUCCUUGAUCUCACUCUUGGUUUGCUUCUUCAAGUUCUUUGGCUCACAUUGGCCAACUUUGAGCAACAGCAAUCCUGAGAGCUCCUUUUGGUCCAAGUUGAUUGAAAUGGCCAAGUAUUUUGACCAGAAAGAAGAUCCCUCUUCACAUCCCAAUAUUGAAAGACAUAAAUCUAGGGUACAUGCUAUAUCAAGUCCUGACAUAAUUGAACCUUCAACCUAAUAUUUGAUCAUAUGGAGAACCACUCAUGAAAUUCCGACCUUACAAGUGACGGGUUUGUUGGGAGUUCCAUAUUAAUUAUAUAAAGUAUUUCUUUCCCCUUUCUGAUAAAAUCUUCAGGCAAAAUAUAUACCGCAUCAAUUUCUAGUAUAGAUGGUUUAUAUGCCAUCAAUAACAUACCAUUAAUGCGGUAAAAAAAUUAAUCAGAUUUUUUUUUAAUUAAUCAGAUACUGUCUGCUCAUUGACAUGUAAUCAUCACCAUUACAUUUUAAUACCGUUCUGUAUUAUCAAUGUCGUCGUAUUGUGGGAAAGAUUUGGCAUUAAGUCAUUGGGCUUCCCAAGCACCUAACAGCAGAUUAUCAAGUUGUGCUUGCAGAUCCUGUAUUGUAAAACUCACUCCAUCAUAGUGGAGUUCUCAUUAUUUUCGCACAUUUGAGUGAGCCAAGUUUCCCACCUAGUAAAGUUGGCAUUGUCAAAAGGGGAAUGGUCUCUUGAUGAGUAUUGCCCCAUUCCUGUGGAGUUUAUUUUCACACAU